AUGUCAACGUCGUACGUGAAUGAGACCAUGGGUUUUGUGGAGAAGGCCUAUAAUGAAACGGUUCCAGAGAACGGGAUAUCUUUCAUUGAAUCCGAAAGGUUACGCCGAGACCCUACAUUCCUAUUACCAUUUGUGUUUUACGAAGGAUUUUUAGUAGUCGUUGGAGCUGUAGGAAAUAUUUUAAUCAUUGGAGCUUACGUAGUGGUGAAAUCGAUGAGAACUUUGCCGAACACAUUUGUGUUCAGUCUAGCCAUCUCGAACUUUAUGGUGACUUCCAUACUGCAGCCGUUCAUGAUGGUCGGAGCACUGAUGGGAGAACAGUUUAUCCUCGUCCAAAGACCCGGCCUCUGUACCGUCAUCACAUAUGUCUGCAUACAGAGUUGCAUGUCUUCUUCAAGUAACAUCAUGCUAGUCAGUCUCAAUAGGUACAUCUGUAUCUGCAAGAACUCGUGGUACUCGAAGAUUUACUCGAAGAAAUCGGUUGCAGUUAUGAUUAUGGCUGCCUGGUUCAAUGGGUUUGUGUGGAACGUUUUUCUGUGGGUUGGAUGGAGUGAGGUCAGCUUUGAACGAAAGCAAUUCACUUGUAUGUGGAAUCGUCAGAAGAACUUCAGUUAUCACGUCAUUGGCCUUGCUAUAUGUGCCGUUCUUGUCCCUGUAAGUGUCACUGCUGUCUCUUAUAUACUGAUACUUUUGAAAGUAAAAGAGUCCAAGAAAAAGAUACAAGCAUUCAAUAAGAAGGAUAAGAAUCAAAGUACUAGUAGUGAUAUCAGACUAGCUCGGAUGUUGUUUAUCAUGUUUGCUGUAUAUUGCAUAUUAUGUGCACCCUAUGCGUUUAUCACUACGUUUGAUUUCAACGAUCAAGCACCUUACUAUUGGUAUGCUACCUUUCUACACAUGUUUCACACCAAUAGCGCUGUGAACUUUAUCAUAUACGGCAUCACCAACAAGAGCUUUAGGACUGGCUAUUCAUUGUUCUCUAAAUAUAUACUAAUCAAGUUAUCCUGCGGGGCAUACCAGCCAAGAAAGAUGGUAGAGAACGAUAUUGACAAAAGCCAAAUGACACAAACAAUGACAAUAGCUACGACUGCACAUAGUUAG